UUCCGAUCUCUUUCUCUGUCUCUUCCUUCCUUCCCCACGCGCCUCUCACUCUCACCUUCGCUACUCGACAAUGGUGCUCUCUAUAAUACGUUUCGUUUCUGCGUUUGUUUGUUUGUGACAAUGUCGUUUGGUUCGAACUGCGAGCAUUUUGUUUUUUCCGAACAGAUUUGAACUUUGCGACAGAUUUUCAGCAUUUAUUUAUUUAUUUUUCUAUUUUUGGGAGAGUUCACGGUACAUUAGGUGUAGGAACCUGCGGUUAUUGGUUUGGUGAAGUCGACGAGAAACUAAGUUAAGUUUUUUCGGUUGGGGCUUUCGGGGAUUUAGGGUUCGUGCCGUUUGGAUUUUGGGGAUGAAUCGUAGUUUCAGGGCUCAGGAAUCGCAAAUGCAAGCUCCGUUGAAGCAGAGGGAGCAGCAAUUCGGGGGUUUGAGGGCUUCGGUCAUGAAGGAAAAGGACGAGGAGCUAGCAUUGUUCCUCGAGAUGAAGAAGCGUGAGAAGGAGAGGAAUGAUCUUCUGCUUCACAGCUCAGAGGAGCUCGAUACAGCUCUGGGGUCAAAUCCGGGCACUUCUCCCUUAUUUAACAUUUCAUCAUCUACGCCGGCUCUUGUGCGGAAGACUGGUGCUGAUGAUUUUCUUAAUUCGGAAAAUGAUAAAAAUGACUAUGAUUGGCUUCUAACUCCUCCUGGUACUCCUCUUUUUCCUUCUUUGGAAAUGGAAACUCGAAAGACUGUUAUGAGUCAGCUUGGUACUCCAACCGCACGUCCUGUGGCAUUAAAAUCCAGAUUGGCAAAUCAUCAAUCAGAGCCUGCUGGGAGGACUAACUUAGUAUCUAAACAACCAAAUUCCUCCCCCGGGUUGAGCUCUUCAGGUGGUGGAACUAGGAGGCCCUCAUCAUCCGGGGGUCCAGGAUCCCGACCUGCAACUCCUACUGGACGCCCUACAUUGACCACAUCUUCAAAAUCAUCAAGAUCUUCAACACCUACUCGGACUGCCUUACCUUCAACUAGGACCAUGGUAGCUACAUCCAAGACCACAAUUUCCACAACCAAGCCCAUGGUUUCUGCCCCUAAGCCAUCCAUGUCUGCUACUAAGACCUCAGUCCCUGCAGCUAAAUCCACAAUUCCAUCAAGAUCCUCAACACCUUUGUCAAGAUCUACUGCAAGAUCUUCAACACCAACUAGCAGGCCUACUUUACCUCCUUCCAGGUCCACAUCAAGAGCUUCUACUCCUACUCGCCUACCAUCCACACCAUCAAGUGAACCCAGUAUAUCUGCUCCUUCAGCUAAGAUUUCUUCAAGCUUCAAGCCAGCUUCUGUGACAUCAAGGCAGCCAACCCCUGUGAAGGCGAGGCAGCAAGCUCCUGUGGUCUCAAGGCAGCCAGUACCAUCACGUGGCACUUCACCAACAGUGAGAUCAAGACCAUGGAAACCAUCUGAGAUGCCAGGUUUUUCCCUUGAUGCUCCGCCCAAUUUGAGGACAACACUACCUGAAAGGCCACUGUCAGCAACUAGGGGCAGGCCCGGAGCACCCACUUCUCGUUCUUCAUCUGUUGAGCCUUCUUCUAGUGGAAGACCCAAGCGGCAAUCAUGCUCUCCUUCAAGAGGACGGUCUUCCAAUGGCAUUGUUCAUACCAGUGGAAACUCUAUGCCAGCAGUCAGCCGUGGGCACUCCAAAGUGAAUGACAAUGUCAGUCCUGUUGUAAUUGGCACCAAAAUGGUUGAUAGGGUUAUAAACAUGCGAAAACUAGCACCACCAAUGAUGGAUGACAAAAACUCUCCCCAUAGUAAUCUGUCUGGCAAGUCAUCUUCAUCUCCAGAUAGCUCAGGUUUUGGAAGAACACUUUCAAAGAAGUCCUUGGAUAUGGCCAUUAGACAUAUGGAUAUAAGGAGAGUCAUUCCAGGUAAUUUACGGCCAUUGAUGACAAAUAUUCCAGCAUCUUCCAUGUAUAGCGUGAGGUCUGGACCUCAGCGUGGCCGAACAGUUAGUGUUUCGGGUUCUCCUCAUGCCACGAGCAGUAAUGCUAGUUCUGAAGUGAGUGUAAACCAAAAUGGUCUUUGUUUAGAUAGUAGCGAAGUAGAUGAUGAUAUUGGCAGUGAGAGAUGUGGUCAAUCUCCUGCCAGUGUACGGGGCAGGUAAACUGUUUCAUACUCUGGGGAACUUUGCGUAUAAUUCACCAACGUUCUUAUUCUGAGUUUCAGCCAUAGCGAAUUUGCAUAUGGAGCUAACCAUGCUUGUACUGAUGUAAAGAUUCUUGGAAGGGAUGCAACCUCAUAUAAUCCAAGGUAUCUGUGAUUUUAGGUAGAUCUGAUGUAUGUUGUAGCGGUGAUGCUCAUUUUUUAAA